AUGAGCAUUCACUCUCCCGAAACAGACGAACACCCUGAGGAGCGGUGUACAACUGAACUGCCAGAGGUGCAGGAUCGCGAACAGUCCGCGGAGCAGCAGCAGAAAAAACAGCAGCUACAGCAGCAACAGCAACAACAGCCACACGAUGUGCAGCAAGAAGGGCAGCACACUGAAGGAAAGGAGCAGUCGUUUGUACCUCCCCCUGAUGUAGAGGCAGAAGCCACCGCUCUGCAGAGCCGCUGCAACCCCCAGCUAAAGCAGCAAAAUCAAGAAAACACUUGCGGCCAGACGCAUCAACAAGAGCAGCACUAUGAUGCGCAGCAGCAGCAGAAGGACGAUGGCGAGCGGCAAGGAGUUGUCGAGCAGGAAACCAUGUGCUGCGGCGACCAGCAGCAGCAGCCCACAAGCAGCAGCAACAGCAGCAAAAGCACCCACAUCGCAAACACCAGUAACGGAGCCUGCUGCAUCAGCAUAUUGACAGAGAGUGGCAGCAGCACGAUAACUCCGCGGCGGCGAAGAGGCAAAGCCGCAUCGAGAUCCACUUCAACGGCAGCAGCAGCUGCAGCGCCAACAGAAACAGCAGCACCGGCUCGCUCACCAGAAGCAAAGAGAAGACGAAAGGGUAAAACAAAUGCACAAGAAGCUGCAGUUUCUGCUGCUGCUGCAGAGCGCAUCACAGCACCAGAAGCUGCUGCUGCAGACGACGACUUCAGCGUGAUAGAAGUAUUCGCUUACUCCAACAACCAGCAAGUGCAGCAGAAAAGAUAUCAACAGCAGCAGCAGCUGCAGCAGCAGAAGAAACAGCAACAGAGUAAAUGCAAGAGGAUACAACCGGGCUCACAGGACAUCCUAGGGUAUUUCCCUGCAUCGUCUAGGCCCGAGAAAACAGAUGCAGCAGCAGAACCAGCAAACAAUGCUGCAUCUGCUGCUGCAUCUGCUGCUGCCCCUGACGGCUCACCUGCUGCCUCUGCUGCUGCAACAUCGACACAGGGAAAAACAAGAAAGCCAGCAGCAAAAGCAGCAGCAACGACAGAAACGACAACAACAUCGGAGGCGGACGACCGUAAGGGAAGGAGACGCAAGAAAGCCGCAGGCGAUACAGCAGCAGAUGCUCCAGCUGCUGCUGCUGCAGGGAAGAAGGCUGGGGAUUCUCCGCUGCUACUGAAAGGCAGGAAGCAAGCAGGAGCAGCAGCACCGCCGACGCCUUUGCUGCUGCGGAGACCUCGGGAUCCUUCAGAGCUAGCGGACUUCUCGCAGCGAGUGCGCCAGCGACUGCUUCUGGUUGAGCAGCAGCUGCAGCGGCUGCAGCAGGAGCAGCAGUGUCUUCUUGCUGCUCUUUGGGACCUCGGGCCGGCAGCAGCAGCUGCUGCAGCCACGACAAGUGAUGCGUUCCCAGCGCUGCAGCAACGACCGCGUGUCUCUGACCAGCUGCAGGAGCUGGAGCGGCUGCAAGGGCAGCCGCAACAACAAAAUGCAAGAGAAGGUGAAGCGCUGCAGCAGAGUGGUGGAGACCAGCAGCAGCAGCAGCAGCAGCAGCAGCAGCAGCAUGCAACACACCAGUCGUCAGAGUCCGAUAGUGGCGGCGGGCUGCCGUGUCAGCCACUGUCGCAGCAGCAGCUACAGCAGCAGUGGCAGCAACUACAGUACCACCAGCAGCAGUUGAAGCUCCAGCAGCAGCAUGUGCUGCUACAGCAGCAACUGCUUGCUGUGACGCUGCUGACGGAUUUAGAUAGAACGGCUCCUAAGGAGGCCGUGUCGGCAGCAACAGCAACAGCAACAACGGCGACACCCCCAGCAGCAGCCGGGGAAGCAGCAGCAGCAGCAGCAGCAACAACAACAACGGAAACUUCGCUGGGCUCAGAAACUCCACUCACUGCAGCAGCACUUGUCUCAGCUAAGUCAGCAGCAGUGGCCCUCUCACAGGAAACAACAGCAGGAUCCGCAGCAGCCACUGCUGCUGCAGCAGACAGCACAACGUCUGAAAAAGACUUAGUGCCCCAGGAGCUGCAGGAGAGAACGCAGCAGCAGCAACUGCAGCAGCAACAGCUGCUGCAGAUCCAACUGCAACACUCUCAGCAGCACCAGCUGAAGCUGCAGCUGCAGCAGCUGAGAACUCUGCUGCAGCUAGAGUGGAGUCCUCGCCUUCAGCAGCAGCUGCAGCAACAACAGAGGCGAGUCAGCAGCAGCCAGUAG